AUGUCAGCUAAUGGGAAUGGUGGGUUCUAUGCACCGCUGAAACAAAUACUGUCCGACUCUGAAUCAGAGGAUGAUAAGCUUGAAAAUGCAAUGCAUAUCAAAGCUACGGAUAGUUGCAACAACCUGGACUUCAACAGUGGCCUGCAAUCUUCAAAGAACUACAGCAUAAGUGACAUGGACGAGUUUAACACCAACGUGAAUACAGUGGAGAGCACAAUGGACAACGUAAGCUUCUUACAAUCCGACAUAUCCACCAAGAUGACUUUCCCGCGCCGGUGCGCGUUCAUCGCUUCCAUACUUAUGUGCAUAUUCACCGUUGUGAUAUUCCUGUGGGGCAUUCCUUGCUCAGAGGUCGGCAGCUGCGCCGCUAACGAGUGGCAAGACAAAACUACCAGCUGGGAGUUACCAUACAAUGAAAUGGAACUGUCAGGAGCCGUACAGGUCGUCGACGGAGCGAUUCCAAACACAAAGAACUUGAUAUUCAUAUACCGAGGCAAUCAUAUGAGACUUGAACCUAAAACCAGCAGUGAGAAUGUUAAUGGUGUAGUUCUCAUUGUUGGCAAUUCUGGAAAAGUUGGCUGGUUCACAAGGGAAAGUAGAAUACCAACUGAUAUCAACUGUCACCUGCUUGAUGUCAAUAGGGAUAAACAAAAGGACUGUAUUGUGUCAGGUACUGAGGGAUUGCUUGCAGCCCUGGAUUCGGUCUCUGGAACCUAUUACUGGCACAUUCACAAGCAGGGAAAAGAUUUGAGUAAAAUAGUUGCGCUUGACUUUCCUGUUAUGGUGAAAGACAUGAAUGAUGAUAAAGUGAAUGAUUUGUUGACAGUUGCCACUGUUUACCCCAAUGCUAACCACAACUCUCUACUGAUGAUAUCUGGUGCUACAGGCAUGAUCAUGGCUGAGCCAAUUCCAUUGAUGAUUGUCUGUCUGUGA